AUGAUUGGCUACUGGGGAGGAAGAGGCAGGCCUGGAGUAGGAUGGGGAAGCUUUCCGCUUUCCCACCCAAGCUGGCUGAAGGAGCUGAGCUUCGGCGAGAGCAAGCCUUCAGGACGCUGCGCCCCUCCGACUCGUAUCGCAACGUCCAUGAGAAGCCUACGAAGCUGUGCACCGCGUGUCAUGGCGUCACCUCCCUCUCCUUGGUUUUCCUUCCUCGAUGGAAACUUCAUGCUCAGCAAUAUCGCCGACGUUGACCCUUUUGACGAGACACUUGGCUCUGGUAAUACCAUCGCACCCCCCGCCACCGCUUCUUCGAGUUGGAUGCCCGGUGGUAUCCCAAUGUCUCAGAAUGGUACCGAUUGGCCUAGCUAUCAGCCAGAUCUUAGCUAUCAGCCAGACCUUAUGCACCAGCCAGACCUUAGCUAUCGGAGAGACCUUAUGUACCAGCCAGACCUUAUGCACCAGCCAGACCCUAGCUUUCAAUUAGGGCCUAGCUACCAGCCACUGCGACCCGUGCCGGCGAUGCCAGUAGCAAAUGUUGUUUCCUUCCAGCAGCAGCCAAAUGUCCCUUAUGCAAACCCUGGACCAUUCCAGUACCCCCUCGAUGUUCUGCGCACUCAGCAGGCCCAAUCUUCGAGCAGUAUGUCUGCACCGGUCGUGGAAACAACACACCCAGCACCUGACUUUGGCCCGCCCUUGACUGAGCACCACAAUACAAACAUGACCGAAGAACCAAGACAGCAGCCCAGCCGCCGAUGCCAUUGGGAAGGGUGUACACAUACGAGACCAUUUCGGCGGCUACAGGACCUGAAAAGGCACCAGCGGUCAGUUCAUGAACCCAAAAGCCACAAGUGCCCGGAAUGCGAAAAUUUGUUCGGCCGCCGGGACAAUCUGACAGACCAUCGUUCGAGGAUUCAUGGAAUAGCUCAUGUUUCGAAAAGGUAA